GCGACUGCAGCAGCGCCGGCUCCCUCCCGGUCCCCACCUCGGCCCCGGGCUCCGAAGCGGCUCGGGGGCGCCCUUUCGGUCAACAUCGUAGUCCACCCCCUCCCCAUCCCCAGCCCCCGGGGAUUCAGGCUCGCCAGCGCCCAGCCAGGGAGCCGGCCGGGAAGCGCGAUGGGGGCCCCAGCCGCCUCGCUCCUGCUCCUGCUGUUCGCCUGCUGCUGGGCGCCCGGCGGGGCCAACCUCUCCCAGGACGGCUACUGGCAGGAGCAGGAUUUGGAGCUGGGAACUCUGGCUCCACUCGACGAGGCCAUCAGCUCCACAGUCUGGAGCAGCCCUGACAUGCUGGCCAGUCAAGACAGCCAGCCCUGGACAUCUGAUGAAACAGUGGUGGCUGGUGGCACCGUGGUGCUCAAGUGCCAAGUGAAAGAUCACGAGGACUCAUCCCUGCAAUGGUCUAACCCUGCUCAGCAGACUCUCUACUUUGGGGAGAAGAGAGCCCUUCGAGAUAAUCGAAUUCAGCUGGUUACCUCUACGCCCCACGAGCUCAGCAUCAGUAUCAGCAAUGUGGCCCUGGCAGACGAGGGCGAGUACACCUGCUCAAUCUUCACUAUGCCUGUGCGAACUGCCAAGUCCCUCGUCACUGUGCUAGGAAUUCCACAGAAGCCCAUCAUCACUGGUUAUAAAUCUUCAUUACGGGAAAAGGACACAGCCACCCUAAACUGUCAGUCUUCUGGGAGCAAGCCUGCAGCCCGGCUCACCUGGAGAAAGGGUGACCAAGAACUCCACGGAGAACCAACCCGCAUACAGGAAGAUCCCAAUGGUAAAACCUUCACUGUCAGCAGCUCGGUGACAUUCCAGGUUACCCGGGAGGAUGAUGGGGCGAGCAUCGUGUGCUCUGUGAACCAUGAAUCUCUAAAGGGAGCUGACAGAUCCACCUCUCAACGCAUUGAAGUUUUAUACACACCAACUGCGAUGAUUAGGCCAGACCCUCCCCAUCCUCGUGAGGGCCAGAAGCUGUUGCUACACUGUGAGGGUCGCGGCAAUCCAGUCCCCCAGCAGUACCUAUGGGAGAAGGAGGGCAGUGUGCCACCCCUGAAGAUGACCCAGGAGAGUGCCCUGAUCUUCCCUUUCCUCAACAAGAGUGACAGCGGCACCUACGGCUGCACAGCCACCAGCAACAUGGGCAGCUACAAGGCCUACUACACUCUCAACGUUAAUGACCCCAGUCCGGUGCCCUCCUCCUCCAGCACCUACCACGCCAUCAUCGGUGGGAUCGUGGCUUUCAUUGUCUUCCUGCUGCUCAUCAUGCUCAUCUUCCUCGGCCACUACUUGAUCCGGCACAAAGGAACCUACCUGACACAUGAGGCAAAAGGCUCCGACGAUGCUCCAGACGCGGACACGGCCAUCAUCAAUGCAGAAGGCGGGCAGUCGGGAGGGGACGACAAGAAGGAAUAUUUCAUCUAGGGGCACCUGCCCACUUCCAGCGCCCCCCAGGGGCCCAGUGGGGACUGCUGGGGCCAUCACCAACCCGGACUUGUACAGAGCGACCCCAGGGCCGCCCCUCCCGCUUGCUCCCCAGCCCACCCACCCCCUUGUACAGAAUGUCUGCUUUGGGUGCGGUUUUGUACUCGGUUUGGAAUGGGGAGGGAGGAGGGCGGGCGGGGGAGGGGAGGGUUGCCCUCAGCCCUUUCCGUGGCUUCUCUGCAUUUGGGUUAUUAUUAUUUUUGUAACAAUCCCAAAUCAAAUCUGUCUCCAGGCUGGAGAGGCAGGAGCCCUGGGGUGAGAAAAGCAAAAAACAAACAAACAAAAAACAAAACCCUGGAGUGUUAGGAGGAGAGUGAAGGUAGAGGGGUGAGGAAGGGUAAGGGGCAGGGCUGGUUUGGAGCUGGGGGCUCUCACCAGCCCUCCUUUCAGCCUCUACAACAGAGCAGCUUCCCGGACUUCUCCAGGAACCCAGAAACGGGAUGGUUGUCGGCAAAGGUUGGGAGUGGCUUUUCGUCUGGUAGCCACACACCUGAGCACUACGGACAGGGAGGCAGGUGCCACCUUGACACCCCUCUUCCAUAGCAAUGGGAAGGUGAUGAGUGCGGGAGUCCUGAGGAGAUGUGGCCUGCAGACAACACGCAGCCAUGCAGGGACCCAGGACUUUAACCUGGGGAGGACGCAGGUCCCUGCAAGGAAGAGUAGAUUUGGAGAGGAAGGAUGGAGGUGGACUAUUGCCCCAUUCCCCCCGGAAAUGAACAAAGCCGGGCCCUUUCCAUAGGAACUGCCCUUGGAGAUAGCAGAGUGUGGCUGCCCCUCGUUGCUCCAGCAGCUGUGGGAGAGGCACUGCUCUGGGGCCUGAACUGCCUCUGCUUCCCCCGCUGAGGGGCCCCUCACUCUUACCCAAGACUCUGGAUUGUUGCACGGCAACCACUCCUCCCAUGGCAUUGCUCAGCAACUACUCCUCCCUUCCUAGCCACCCUGUGCCCCCUUCCUGGUCCCAACGCCAGCCCUUCGUCCUUCCUCCCUCAGCAGCCAGGCAGACAUAACAACAAAACUACUAAAAGGAGCUUCACUGCA